UUCCCCCCAUUAUACUCAGUGUUUUCAUUAUACAACACUUACUGGGUUUAUUUUUCCAACAGCACAAGAUAUGCAGUGCACGUAAUUAUAAUUUCUAUUUUUUUAGGUCUGUGUAUGUUUUCUUUAUGUUUGUCUCAUUGGUUAUAAAUAUCAUGUGGAAAUAAAGGAAUCACGGUUCAGUAUUAGGACCGAUGGAGUUUGAUUCUUUUGGUUCUAACUGCAUCUUGCUUUAGAAGUGUUGGUAUUCUUUGCUGAGUGGAUAUUCUAAGCGCUUGGGUCAUUCAUUAUUGAUGCCUGUGGCGUCCCGUAGCAGCUUUGUAAAUGCUUUAAACACAGGUUUCUGGUUUCCAUGUGCCACCUGAUGAUCUGCUCCAGAUCCAUAACAGAACCGGUGCUACACAGUAGACUGUGAAGGUGGAACCGGGCAUGUAGAUUGUCUUCUUGAAUCCGGAGCGUCCGAAAUGACUUCGGAUGUUGUAGGACGGACCGAGAUCGAUCGUGCGAACACGCUAAAGUCCGAUCGGCGCCUGUGAAGACGAUGAGCAGCCAUGCUGAGGAAGAGGAAGCGAGAAAAAUAAGUCUGCUCGACAAGAAGAGCCAGGGGGUAAAGCGAGUCUCGUUUCCACCGGAUGAGGAGAUGGUUUCGGGAUUUGCUGAGAUCAAGGACACACGACAGGAUGGCGACAGUCGAACCUUGACGGAUAUAAUUUUGGCCUACGAGCAGAGCUGCAUAAAGCACAGAGUCGCACCCCAUCCCAAGACCCUGGACCAAAUAAAGGAAAUCACCUGUUUGAGUAACAGAGCCAGAUGUCUUGAUCUUCAGGGUGUUCGUUUGGAUUACCGCUCGUGCGAGUCUCUGGAGGAGAUUCUGAAAUCUGUUCGCUUUAAUCUGAUCAACCUGCAGGGGGCAGAUCUCGAGGAAAAUGGAGCCUCGUCACUCAUGGAUAUGAUUUCGUACUAUGAAUCAGCCACACAUCUGGAUGUCUCCUGUAACAAGAGUAUGGGAGUCUCGGGAUGGCAGGCCCUCUCACGUUUACUCAAACAGAGCAAAACCUUGUGGAGGUUGGAUGCCUGUAACAUUCCCAUCCAGGAUUAUCCUGCACAGGCCUUGUCGAGAGCUCUCCUUAGCAGCAGACUAACAGAACUGCACCUUGAAAACACCCGACUGAGUGGAAGGCCACUCUUCACACUCGUUUGCUCUCUAAAGAAGAACAUCGCUCUGCAGGAACUCUACCUGUGUGACAACGAGCUGAACAGCUUCAACGACUCCAUGCAGUUAGGAGAGCUUCUCAAACACAACCGCACUCUCCGAACCCUCGACCUGAGCAAUAACGCCAUAUCAGACUCGGGUCUGGAGGAGCUCUGUGAUGGGCUGAGAGUUCAGAAGUCUGGUUUAAGAACAUUAGUGCUGCAUAACAACCAGAUUACUCACCGCGGCAUGACUCAUCUAGGAAGUGUUCUGCCUUCGUUGAGAACGCUGGAAACGUUAGCCCUCAGCUCUAACGAUCUAGAGGACAGAGGGCUGCACGCUCUGAAGGAGGCGCUCAUCUGUAACCGUUCUAUCCUACGACUCAACCUGGCUUCGGUGCGGAUAACAUGUGAAGGUGCCGUGGUGUUGGCCGAGUUCCUGGCAGAGUCUCGGUUCCUGCAGACUCUGGAUGUGAGGUGGAAUCACAUCCUCACUGGAGGCCUGAUGGCUUUCGCUCUGGCUCUGAAGCUCAACUGCACUCUGGUUCAUUUAGACCUGGAUCAAAACCCCAAAGAGGAGAAGGACGAGUUUCUGAUUGAAACCCAGAAGAAUCUACUGGGCAGGAUCUGUGAUCUGUGUGUGGCGAACGCCGAGGCGGCCUCGGAGACGGACCGCCGCUCCGCUCCUCUUUUAACGCAGGACGACGACGAAGACGACACCGAGGAGGAAGAUAACAGUGCGGCUCCCCGAGUCCCCGCACGAACACUCGCAAGCGAAUAAAGAAAAAAUUCCUUCAAAAAAUAACAAGAACGUCCAAAUCCACGUAAUAAAGCUGAAGCCUCGCUCUCUCGUGAAGCCGUGGCCUUCCUGCUGCUUACAGCCUAAUGUUCCUGUCGAAGGAAGUUUUUUUUUUCUAAUGUGAAUCCUCUCUUUCUCUUUUUCUUUCUUUCUUUCAGGCUAGAUCAGUUCAUUAGAGCUCUGUGUAGACAAACCUGUUUGCCAAACCUCAGUAAAUCACACACACACACACACACACACACACACACACACACACACACACACACACACACACACACACACACACACACACACUCUAACUGUAAGAGAAAGACCAAAGUGUGUGUAUGCACAAGUGUGUGUGUCUGUGUGUGUGUGUGUGUGUGUGUGUGUGUGUGUGCUAAUGUAAUAAGACACUGCAUAGUUUAUAUAAACUACGUUUCUUUUCACACACUGAAGAAGAGAAAAACGCAGCACGUGGGAAGACAAACAUAUGUGAGGACGAGAGGGCCACAAUUUUGCGUCUGCUCAUUUGUUCGAGCUCGUAUCCGAGGUGCAGAUUAGCGUGUUUAGCAGGUUACUCCGCGCGACCGAAUGCCACUUUAAAGAAAGAAAUGAGCCGCAGUGAAACUCCGUGCAUGACUAGAAAGGUAGGUAUUGUUUCUGGAAAGCAAAAAAAAAAAAACUCUGACUUUUUCAACCAGAAAUCAGGAAAAAAACUGAAACCGAUUCUGUGUAUAUUAUAAAAAGAAGCUAAGCAGAUCAUAUUUGAGUUAACAUAAACACUGUAGUGUAAAUUAGCGUUUAUUAGUACAGUGCACUUUUAUUCCGUUAUAUUUCGCUCCCACGUGUUAUUCAAUUAGCGAAGCGAAGCCGUUUUUUUUUUUUUUUACUAGAAACCUUUCAUUAUUUAUCCGUUGUAGGAGAUUAAGAUCGGGAACGAUUCGGAAUUGGUUGCCGAGACGUUUCUUAAUGGAUCUUUAAUUGUUUGACUGGAGGAAAAAAAAUCAAACCCAAGGCAGAAUUCUCAGCGGUGAAUGUCAGAUCCCAUGCAAUGCAAAUUAAGAAGAAUAAAUAAAUAAAUAAAUAAAAGAAGAAAAGUACAGAUUUCAGGUUCAAACGCUCGUCUUGAAGAAUCCCAGAUUACUCUGAUGGGGUUUGAUUGACAGGUGUGUGUGUAGGGAAGUGUGUGUAGAUGUGUAGAUCAAGACCCCCCGCCCUGUACACAUACACACACAAACACACGCGCACACUUUCUGAUGUGAUUUGGGUUUCAUGCAGGAUCCCCAUAAGCAAUACCCCACCCCCACCACCACCCCCCCUGGUUUGUGCCCCUCGGCACAGGGCAGGGGCAGAUUGACAGAGCAGCAUGGUGCCAGGCCCCGCUGAGCCGAUGACGCCCACUACACACACAUAUAGACAUAAACACACACACACACACACACACACACACACACACACACACACACACACACACACACACACAAGAUCUACCUGAUGU